GUGGACAUGAGCAAAGUAAAUUUGGAGGUUAUAAAGCCUUGGAUAACAAAACGAGUAACAGAAAUCCUUGGAUUUGAAGAUGAUGUUGUGAUUGAGUUUAUAUUCAACCAGCUGGAAGUGAAGGCCUGAACCAAAAUGGAAGUUAUUCCUUGCGUCUGAAGUAUAGCACCAUCACCUUAUUAGGUCACAGCAGAGUGAGUGUCCCAAUGUCGCUCUGACCCAACUCCCUUGAUGAUGCAGUGUGUGUUUGGAGAUAAAUGAUAUAACAUUAAACUCAAGGUGGUUGAGUUGCAGUAGGGAGUCGGAAGCAAGCCAAGGGAACAUCUUUCUCUACAGGGGACUUGGCGAUUCCAAACCCCCAAGGUUCCAAGAAGAAACUGAAGACACCUGGAAUCUAAUCCAGAUUCCAAAAUGAUGCAAAUCAACCUGACUGGGUUUUUGAAUGGGAAAAAUGCUAGAGAAUUUAUGGGAGAACUGUGGCCCCUGCUGUUAAGUGCACAAGAAAACAUCGCUGGAAUCCCUUCUGCUUUCCUAGAGCUGAAAAAAGAAGAAAUAAAACAGAGACAGAUUGAACAAGAAAAAUUGGCAUCUAUGAAAAAACAAGAUGAAGACAAAGAUAAGAGAGAUAAGGAAGAAAAAGAAAGCAGCAGAGAAAAAAGGGAGAGGUCUCGAAGCCCAAGAAGACGCAAAUCCAGAUCUCCAUCUCCUAGAAGACGAUCUUCCCCUGUCAGGAGAGAGAGAAAGCGCAGCCAUUCUCGAUCUCCCCGGCACAGAACCAAGAGCCGGAGUCCUUCCCCUGCCCCAGAAAAGAAGGAAAAAACUCCAGAGCUCCCAGAAUCUUCAGUGAAAAUAAAAGAGUCUUUAGUACAAGAGGCAACAUCUACUAGUGAUAUCCUGAAAGUUCCAAAGCCGGAACCUGUACAAGAGCUUAAAGAACCUUCUCCAGAAAAGAAUGCCAAGAAGGAAAAGGAAAAGACUCGACCGAGAUCUCGUUCACGUUCCAAAUCAAGAUCACGUACACGUUCUCGGUCUCCUUCUCAUAACAGACCAAGACGCCGCCAUAGGUCCCGAUCAAGGUCAUACUCACCUAGAAGGCGGCCGAGCCCAAGAAGACGGCCAUCACCUCGAAGGAGGACUCCCCCAAGACGAAUGCCACCUCCACCAAGACACAGGCGGAGCAGAUCACCAGGAAGACGAAGAAGGCGUUCAUCAGCAUCCUUGUCUGGAAGUAGCUCUUCAUCCUCUUCAUCUCGUUCUCGGUCACCGCCAAAGAAGCCUCCCAAGAGGGCAUCCAGUCCUCCUCGAAAAACUCGUAGGUUGUCUCCUUCCGCAAGUCCUCCAAGGCGAAGGCACAGGCCAUCACCUCCAGCAUCUCCACCACCAAAACCUCGGCAUUCCCCAACACCCCAACAAUCAAACCGUACGAGAAAAAGUCGUGUUUCUGUGUCUCCAGGGAGAGCGUCAGGUAAAGUGACAAAACAUAAAGGUUCUGAGAAAAGAGAAUCGCCUUCACCAGCACCGAAGCCUAGAAAAGUAGAACUCUCUGAAUCGGAAGAAGAUAAAGGUGGUAAAAUGGCUGCGGCAGAUUCUGUGCAGCAGAGACGCCAGUACAGAAGACAGAAUCAGCAGUCUUCCUCUGACUCUGGCUCAUCCUCCUCCUCAGAAGAUGAGCGACCCAAGAGAUCCCAUGUGAAGAAUGGCGAGGUAGGCAGGCGGCGGAGACAUUCCCCUUCACGGAGUGCUUCUCCAUCACCACGCAAGCGCCAAAAAGAGACUUCCCCUCGGAUGCAGAUGGGAAAACGAUGGCAAUCGCCAGUGACUAAAAGUGGUAGAAGAAGGAGGAGUCCUUCCCCACCACCUGCCAGAAGGCGACGCUCUCCUUCUCCAGCUCCUCCUCCUCGACGGCGCAGGUCUCCCACGCCGCCGCCGCCACCUCCACCGCCGCCGCCACGACGAAGGACUCCUUCUCCUCCACGCCGGCGCUCGCCUUCCCCAAGAAGAUACUCACCUCCCAUCCAGAGAAGAUACUCUCCUUCUCCACCUCCAAAGAGAAGAACAGCCUCGCCCCUACCCCCGCCCAAGCGCAGGGCAUCGCCAUCUCCACCACCAAAGCGCCGGGUCUCCCAUUCUCCACCUCCCAAACAAAGAAGUCCCCCAGUCACCAAGAGACGUUCACCCUCCUUAUCCUCCAAGCAUAGGAAAGGGUCUUCCCCCAGCCGCUCUACCCGGGAGACCCGCUCACCGCAACCAAACAAACGGCAUUCGCCCUCACCGCGGCCUCGUGCUCCUCAGACCUCAAGUCCUCCCCCUGUUCGAAGAGGAGCAUCGGCGUCACCCCAAAGAAGGCAGUCCCCAUCUCCAAGUACUAGGCCUAUUAGGAGAGUCUCCAGGACUCCGGAACCUAAAAAGAUAAAAAAGGCUGCCUCACCAAGCCCUCAAUCUGUAAGAAGGGUUUCAUCCUCUCGAUCUGUUUCUGGAUCUCCUGAGCCAGCCACUAAAAAGCCUCCAGCACCUCCGUCUCCUGUCCAGUCUCAAUCACCCUCCACAAACUGGUCACCUGCAGUACCAGUCAAAAAGGCUAAAAGCCCAUCACCAAGCCCAUCCCCUGCUAGGAAUUCAGAUCAAGAAGGAGGUGGGAAGAAAAAGAAGAAAAAGAAGGACAAGAAACACAAAAAGGACAAGAAACACAAGAAGCACAAAAAGCACAAGAAAGAGAAGGCCGGCGCCUCGGCAGCGCCUGCGACCCCCGUGGCCCCGGCCCCGGCCACAGCAGCCCAGGAAGAGCCCGAGGCAGCGCCAGAGCCCAAGAAGGAGACUGAAAGUGAGGCUGAAGACAACCUUGAUGACUUGGAAAAGCACCUGCGCGAAAAGGCUCUGCGGUCCAUGCGGAAGGCCCAAGUAUCCCCACAGUCUUAGGUGGAAAUGUUUGUUAUGAUGUAAAUUUUAUUUGGUUUGUACUCGAUUCAAUUUCAAAAUUGCUAAAAUGUGUUUGAGCUUUAGACUAUAACAUUUGUUGUAAUAAUUGCUAGGUUGAAAUUCACCAUGUUUAAAAAAAAAAACAGGGCAUGGAUUUACAUUGCAAAGGUGUCCACAGUGUAUUAGUGACAUUCUUUCAUUGACAGCUGAUGUUCAUUUAGAGUGAAAUAUUUUAAGCCAAAAAAAAAAAUCCCCUUUUUAAAAAAGGGGGUUUAAAUAUUGUUGGCAUUCUUAUGUUUCCUUUAAAUACCCUUGCCUAUUACUAGAGAUUUUUUUUCUCCCUCUUUUUCUUACUUGAGUUUAAAACACUCAUGUGAGUUAUGCUUCCAACCUUGUGUGGUUUGUAAGCUUGCCCAGAAAGGAGACCACUGUUGAGCUACCACAAAAGUGUACAUGAGUAUGUUAAUGCCACAAACUUUCUGUUGCCUGUGGAGUCUCUGAAAUAAAUCAGGAUUCGAACUCUAAAAAGAGACAGAAAAAAAAUGAAAGCAUGUUGUUUUCCAGGACACUGUGGGUUUAUAUUGAUAUGUAACAAGUUGAUUCGGAACACUGGAAUUUUGUCCUAUUUUGUUUUUUGUCUCCCACCCCUGCCCCUUCCCUCUCUUUUGUAAAGGCAACUAGUCCAGGAAGGAUCCUUCAGUUACAUAAAGUUUUCCUUUAUGAAAUGUCAUGGCUCCCAUUCAUUUUUUUUUUUUUUCUUUUUCUUCCAAUUGAUACACACAAUUUUAAGAGCUCUUGCAUUUGGAAGUCUGGAAGGUCCCGGAUUUUGAAAUAGUGUCUUGAUUUCACUGUUUUUAUUUUAUUUUAUUUUUUAAACUAAAGCUAUAUAAAGCUUGUGGAUUAAACAGAAUAAAUUUCUAAAUUUAAAA